AUGGAUCCUCGUUCCCGUGCCUGCUACAACUGCGGUGACGCCUCUCACCAGGCUAAGGACUGCCCCAAGAAGGGAACCCCUACCUGCUACAACUGCGGUGGUGAGGGCCACGUCAACCGCGAGUGCCCCAAUCCCCCCAAGGAGCGUACUUGCUACCGCUGUGGCCAGACUGGUCACCUUUCUCGCGAGUGCCCCCAGGCUGGCAGCGCCGGCGGCAACUUCGGCGGUGCCCCCGGCGGUGGUUCUCAGGAGUGCUACAAGUGUGGACAGGUUGGCCACAUUGCCCGUAACUGCUCCCAGGGUGGUAACUACAACGGUGGUGGUUUCAACUCCUCAUACGGUGGACGUCCUCAGACCUGCUACUCCUGUGGUGGGUUCGGCCACAUGGCCCGUGACUGCACUCAGGGACAGAAGUGCUACAACUGCGGCGAGGUUGGCCACGUUUCCCGUGACUGCACUACCGAGGCUCGGGGUGAGCGUGUCUGCUACAAGUGCAAGCAGCCCGGUCACGUCCAGGCUGCGUGCCCCAACUAA